GCCUCUUUCCCGUGUUACCGGGAUCUGUGGUAGUUUCUGCUGCUGCUGCUGCCUGUCAACCUCAAACAGAAGACUUGUGUGUCUGGGAUUGUGUUUCUCGCCUUUUGUCUGUCCUCCACCACCAUGCCCAUGUACCAGGUAAAGCCUAUCUGUGGGGGUGACAUAAAGGUUGAUUUGCCCACCUGCAUGUACAAGUUGCCAAAUAUCCACGCGCAGCAAGGAAACAGCUGCACACCCGAACACGCGCUUCAGAAUGGCGAGGUGGACCCAGCAGUCAAAGCUCUGGAGGCCCGGCAGGAUGAGAUCAUGAGAAAACUGUACGAACUGAAAGCAGCUGUGGAGGGCCUGGCUAAGACGGUGACGACCCCCGAUGCCGAUCUGGACCUGACAGUCAGCAGCAGCCUCUCCUCCCAAAGCUCCACAGCCUUCAAAGCCACCACAGACCUGGAUACGCUACUGGGCAAGGAUCUCGGCGCUCUUCGUGACAUCGUCAUAAAUGCCAACCCAGCGCAGCCACCACUGACCUUGCUGGUGCUCCACGGCCUGCUCUGUGAGCGCUAUCGAGUGCUCUCCACUGUCCAUGUCCACUCGUCAGUUGCCAAUGUGCCGCCACAGCUCCUGUCCUGCCUCGGACCACGGCAUGCAGACAGCUACGCCCGCCACAUGUUUCAGCUGGGCUUCACCCUCAUAUGGAAAGAUGUUCCCAAACUGCAGAUGAAGUUCAGCAUCCAAAACAUGUGUCCCAUUGAGGGCGAGGCCAACGUAGCGCGCUUCCUCUUUAAGCUGCUUGCCCCUUACCCCAGUGACCCCGCUAUUGCCACCCUGGUGGACAGCUGGGUGGACACGGCUUUCUUCCAGCUGGCAGAGGGCAGUGCCAAAGAGCAAGCUGCUGUCCUGCGGGCCCUAAAUUCAACUCUGGGCUGCAAACCCUGGCUGUCUGGACCAGAGUUCUCCCUGGCUGAUAUUGCCUGCUACUGCUGCGUGCUGCAGAGUGGCUCGGCCUCCUCAGCUCCAGCUAACGUCCAGCGCUGGAUCAAGUCUUGCGAGAACCUCGGCCACUUGAACCACGCCAAGCUACUUCUGCAAUGACUCGGGCUGUCCUGGGACCAGACAUUAGAUGCAAAGUGAGAGCGGCAUUAGAAUAAUAAAAUAUAUCCUAGCCAUGUCUGAAACGCCUCCUAAUGCUUCCUUCCUUGCUGUAGUAUAUCACUGAGUAGACGCAGUAUGGCUGAUGGUUAAGGUGACUCAAAAGUAUUUAUUUUCGCUGUGAUGGUUUAAAGAGAUUCUAAAGCUGUAAUGGAGGAAGCACAAGGAGAUGGUAUGGACAAGGGCUUGGUGAUGGGUUCAGUCAGUGAUACUAACAGAGGUUAUUAGACAAAUACACACACUACACCUUCCACCCACUCUGUGCCUAACAUGACCCUGUUAAAAAAAAUGUGUGUGUUAAUGUGUGGUGAUGGGUAUUGCUCUGUUGUUUUCAAAAGUAAUACUUUGUACCAUUUGGUUUUUUUUUCUGAAAUCAUUAAAACUUCUACUUUGGAUCAAA